GUGAUGGGUUUUAACAUCAACGAAGCAGGCAGAAGAACCUCGGUUGUCAUGAAGGACAGAAUUGAUUAUCUUCAAGAGGAGUGUAUUUAUAACAUGGAUUCUCAUCGUGACCCCGCCCUUGACCCGCCCAAGGAACUAAUCGUAAACGAAAGGUAUGGCAUCAUAUAUUGUAAUGUUCCUAAAGUUGGUUGUACCAACUGGAAAAGCGUCUUCCUCAAAAUUGGUGGCAUAGAUGAUAUCCGAAUCAAAGCUCUUCAAAGACUCCCAACCAAUACACGAGGUAGAAUAUACCUUGAUUACUUCCAUCAGUACACCAAUAUCAGCCAUAGGCAGUUCAUGCUCCGAAAGUUUACCAAGUUCAUGUUUUCUCGGCACCCAUUCACUCGGGUACUUUCGGCUUUCCGAGACAAGCUUGCACCAAAUAAUUCACUGCUUUUUCAGAGAAAGUGGCCGAAACAGGAUGUGAAUUGGAUUGAAAGGUAUGGAAUCCCGAUCAUUGAGAAAUAUCGCGGUGCUGAAGCGGCCGCCUUCAUUAAACCGAACUUGAGAACAAAGUAUGAUCUCAAAUUCUCGGAAUUUGUCGACUAUCUCAUAGACACCAAUCCUUUGUCAUUCGAUAAGCAUUGGAAUCUUGUAAGUGUGAUGUGUAGACCUUGUGACGUCAAAUAUGACAUCAUCGGGAAAUAUGAAACACUGGACGACGAUGCAGACUUUAUCCUCAGAUCGGCAAAUGUUGACCCAUCAGUCAAAUACCCACAAGCGUCGAAAUCAGCUACGAAUAGUUCAUCACUGGAUAUUCUAAAGAAAUAUUACAGCCAACUUACGAGAGAUCAGUUACAGAAGUUAUAUGAAGUGUAUAAAAGGGAUUUUGAAUUAUUUGACUACAGCUUGGAAGCUUUCUAUAAAUAUUUGAGUUGAUGGACGAUAAAUAAAAUAGCUUUUAAUUUCACAAAUUCUCAAGUUCAAGAUUAACUCUUGUGUUAAAAUAUUGCAUGCAGAGUCUAGAAUUUUCAAUGUCUAUAAACAAAGUGUUCAUAGAGAUUGGAAAUUCUAGUUCCAAAUCAUUGUUACAUGAUUAAUUUAUUGACCCUCUGAUACGAAUAUCAACCUUUUCCAUGAACUAGAAUAAUUUCUUAAUGAAGUAGGGAAUGAAAAUAAAAAUAUUUAUAUGCUCGA